AUGGUGAUGAUGAUGACUGGCCGUGUGCUGCUGGUGUGUGCCCUCUGCGUGCUGUGGUGCGGUGCUGGCGGUGUUGUGAAUGGUGUUGGGGGUAUCGAUGGCUUAAGUGAAGUUCCUUCUUCUGGUGUUCCAUCAAGUUCAUCUUCCAAUCCCAAUGGGAAUGAUCUUUCAAAGACCCUCAGCAAUACGCCAUCCAUUCAGAACGGGGAAUCCUCGGAAAAAGGUGAGCCGUCUGGAAAAAAAUCUCCAGGGCCCGUGUCGCCAAGCGGGCAGACAGGAGAGGUGUCAAAGCUCGAAGAAAAGUUACGCGCCUCCGAUACACAAGAAGAAGCAGAAACAUCAGUUGCUGGUAAGGACACAACUAAAGCUGAGAGGACGCAGAGUGACAUGAAGACGGACGGCUCUUCCAACACGUUGUCCACCGCCGCCAAGUCGAAAGUACAAUCACCACCACCACCACCACCACCAGUAAAACCACCAACGGCAGAAGAACAGCAGCCAAACACAGCACCAAAAGACCCACGCACGGCAACAGAAGAAAAAUACGAAAUGCCAACUUCAGCAACCAAAACAAAUCCCGACACACCUAAAACGUCUUUAAAGGAUGGCAUGGCAGACCGACACGGUCACGACGCAACCACAACGGUUUUGGUCAAAAAUGCAGCUACCGGCAAUUCAGCGGAAAGAAAAUCACCAUCCAUCUCCACAAAUGACAGUGACGAUGCCCAAAGUACAGGGGAUGAGAACAAUGACGAUGAUCCACGGCCUAACCACAAAGAAACAGGUGACCACAAAGCUGCCAAUACCAAAGUCGGUUCUACACCCAGUGAGACAGCAACACAAACCGUAAAAACAGAAACAGUCACCGUCGCUCAAAAAAAUGAUACGGCGACAAGUGGCGACAGUGAAGGCAGCCCCGCGGCCUCCCACACCACCUCCCCUCUUUUGCUUCUUCUUGUUGUUGCGGCUGCGGCUGCGGCUGCGGUGGUGGCCGCGUGA